AUGGGACCCAAAAUACCAAAAGAUGGACCGGGACCGAGAGGCGCACCUGAUUGUUAUUAUACAUCUCGCGUACUAAACUCAACGUUUCGUUACGUGAAAUUCAUAAAAAAACUUCGAGCAGAAGAAGAGGACCAAAGACGAGGCAAUGAGAAUAAGCUAAAGGAACUGAAGGAUAAACAGAAUAGUGACUUCUUUAUACGAUGCGAUCGGAGGUCUCUAAUAAACAAUGUCGCUCGUCGAGUUGAUUUGUGCAUGGCUUCAUAUGAAGAGGAUCUGAAACAGAAAAGACAGAAAUUAAUAGAUCUAUACGCGUUCGAAGAACAAGAGAACAUACGUAAAUUCGUGGAACAAGCGCAGGCCGGGGCCGCUGCAGUAUGGGAGGAUAAAAAGAAUAGACUGCAAUAUCUAUUGGCUAAAAGGAAGAAGGAACAUGAAGAUAAAUAUAAGGAUACGCCGUUAUCUAAAUGCGCGCACGUAUUACCAUGCAUAUACAAAUUGCGCGCAAAAGAAGCGCAAGAGAUUCAAUUGUAUCAAAUAAAAGAAAAAGAGGCGCGAAAAAUGGCCGAAAAAGAGUUCGACAAAAUGUGGUAUGAAGUCGCUAUGAAGGAGUCUGAAGCUCUGGCGGCUCGUAUGGAACAAGAUGCCAUAGAACGUUACCGUAAAGACCUCGAUUGUAAGAAGUACACGGAUUAUCAGUUGGAACAGAGAAAGAUUCAGAGGGAGAAAGAGAGAGAGAUGCUGAAAGAGGAGUCUAGGAGAUUCAAGGCCAUGUGGGAUGAGGAUAUAAGGAAGGAGCAGGAAGAGGAAAACAAACGCGCGGAACAGCGCAAAGAGACAGCAAGAGAACGCAAGAGAAUGAUUGAAGAGAGACAAGAGAUGUUACACAAACAGCAGCAGGCGGAUAAACUGAUAGCGGACACGUGGGACUCGCUCGCGGGACAGGGAUUGGCUGAUGAGAAGGCCGCCAUCUUGUUGAGGAGACGGAAAGAGGUUGAACUAGACGAAUGCAAUAAAAAAUUACUAGAAUUGAAGAAACAAUACGAAGACAUAGAUAAACUAGCGGAAGGGCCGCUCGCUGAGGAAGCUAGGAAAAGGCAAGAAUAUAUCGAUAACAAGAGAUGUGAAUAUUUGGCGUGGGCGCAGAAAACUAAUCGAGAAGUACGUCAAGCGAUGAUAGAACAAAUAAAGGACCGCCAAGAAGCGAGAGAGAAGUUGAAAGAGAAACUCGCGGAACAAGAUGAAUACCAGAGACAAUUGUUUGAACAGCUCGAGAAGUUAUCUGACCAUAAACAAUACACAGAUGCGCAGAAACGCAAACUGCACCAGAGACAAUUGGUCGAACAGAUUGAGUAUAAUAAAUUGUUGAAGGAGCGAGCUUGUCAAGAAGAAUUGGAUCAAAUCAGAAAAUGUCAGCUUGCUACUGAAGAAUAUCAACGGGAAAUUAAUAGAAUGCUUUCCAGACCAUUCUUCACCGAGGAAGUGCAUCCAUUUAUGAAGCAAAUAGCAAAGGGACCGAAAAUGCCGGAAAAAUGCCCAUGUUCUAAACCAGACUAUUGUAAAUGAUUUUUGACGUUUUUGAAUAAUAAAUUGUUUGUUUUUAAUA